AUGUCCAUUAGAAGCCGAGGAAGCUCGGUUUCCGGGAGCUUUUCCGAAAAUUCUUUCCUUGCAAGCUUGUAUGGCUACGAUUUUUGCUAUUUUGAAGAUUGGGAUGACGUCACUCAUACAGAAGAAGUCCAUUACCAGUUAGUUUCGUUUUUUAAUGCUUGUCUCUUUGGAAACUAUCAAGAAAUCUGGGUUUUAUGAAAAUUUUUUGAGAUUUUUCCUAGCUAAACCCCAAAGAAUCUUCAAAGAUGAUUUGAAUUUUUAAACUGAAACUUUCAGAGUGAAAAACCGAGCCAACCUCGGCUCCCGCAAGAAAAUCCAUCACAGAGUGAAGACUCUCUAUUUCGAGCGAUGCAAAGACGAUUGUGUACUCAUCAAAGACAUCGCCAACAACGAUUAUUCUCUUAGUAAUGUGAGUUUUCUUCAAUAAUUCUUGUAGUAGCUUCAUUUUGUUACAGAAAACUGCAAAAUGGCUGACGAACGUCGAUCGGGUCGACGAAAUGGAUUUUUUCCCGAGGAUUUCCUAUUCCGUCAACAAACGAAGGCGAUGGGAGCUGGUCAGUUUAGGAAAUUUUGAAAAGUGUUCAAAUUUCGAAUUGGACGGGCUAUGAAAAGAAGAGAAUAAGAAAAAAUGAAGAGACGGCAGACAAGUAAAGAUUCUCUCUUUCUCUGGACUCUCUCUAUCUCUCAUUUGAAGUUUUUUCCGCCUUAUCUUUUUUUUUUACAUGGUUUUCAAGAUAUUUUCUUCAUUUAACUCGAUUUGAAGCUUUUGAAACUCAAAUUUUACUCGCAAUGUUCUAAUUUUCUGAAAAAACGAAUGCCAAAACAUUUAAUAGUUCUUCUUUUCCAAAAAAAGACAUGAUCUUAUCUCAGAAAGAAAAGCCAAAAAUGAUUUUGGAAAACGCCGUCGAUACACUGGAUCUGGACGCUUACGUGAUCGAGCGUAACAUUACCGAUAGUCCUGGAUUUUGUGAGUCAUUUCUUUUUCUUGAACAACAUUUCUCAAAAGCUUAUAUUCAUCUAUACCUUUCAGUCGUACGAUUCUACGACAGGAACCCAAAUAUUUCUCAAAUUCACACGCUGAGAAAAACCAAGUCUGAAGGAGAUUUGGCCGAUGAAUGGGAGUUCAAAACGAUCACUACUCGGGGAAACGGACAAAAGGUAGGUCUAACAAGUUGAAAAUCAAAUGAGAACACUUCUAUUUCAGUUCAACCACUUCCGUCCUGAAAAUCGGGAACUUUCGAAGAAAAAAGACCGGAAACUCGGUUGCCAGUGCCGAGUUCACGGCGAUGGAGAGCCAAGAUACCCAGCUUGUGUACUUUAUUCGUUCUACACUCCUUUCGAGAACAUUAAUCGUACUUCAAGCCGUCGCUUCAAGUGCUGCCAUUGGGGUGAGUUGAAACAAUAAAAUUAGAAUAGUUUUUUGGUUUUCCUGUUCAAAAAUCCUCACUGGGAUGUUCAAAAAGCACUUCAGAAAUUCAAUAUAGAUUUUUUUAAGUCAAUUUUUUUGACCAUCCAAGACUUCUAUGCGUUUGAAAACCCCGUCAAGGUUCUUUCAUUUGAAAACAAUUUCGGUUUGUUCUAGGACGAGGGGAGCAAAGAUACGAACGAAGGAAAGAAAUGGAAAGAGACAUGAUCGCGGAUAUGAGAAAGGAACUGAAAAACUACCGUCCUGAGGAGGAGACCGAAGAGAAUAUCGAUGAACCCAGCGUUUCUCAUUGGUUUGUGAAAAAAUCAAAAAUUUCAAAAAAUUCGUUCCAGGAACCGGGACCACGUUUUCAACUUGGAAGACCACUACGUUGAAAAGUUUGUCCACGUGAAAAACAAGAAAAAUCGCAAGGCCAAAAAGUCCAGAGAUGUCAGCUCUUCUUCCUUUUCGCAAUGUUGAUUUCGAUUUUUCUAGGAUUUCGAAGUUGAAGACGAGCCAGAAAUAGACAUGAACAAAGCCUUGGCUGAGCCCUACAUCUACGAAGACUUCAACUUUUCUGUUUCUGAUGAUUUCAAUUUGGAAAAAGAGGUACCGAUUUGAAAAAAAUUUGUUCUCACUUUCCAAAAAUUGAUUCAGAUCGACGAAAUGGAUCAAGAUGCUCUUAAAAUUGAUCAGAAUCAUUUCAUCGUUGAUCUUACUUCCAAGGUAAGAAUUUCAUUGAAAUUAACAUCAAAAUUUCAAUUUCGAGGUCUCCUCCUUCAAAAACAACGGAUCUGGACUAAAAGUCGGGUUGAAACUCUUCGCAAAAGAGAGAAUUUUGAGGUAAAAACGAAAAAUCACGCCACCAAAAAUUAAUAAAUCAAAAAUUGAAGGCUCACUCUGAAUACCGUCUUUACCAAGAGCAAGGAGAUAACGGAAGAUCAGCUACAAUCAAGUUUUUCCGACUUCAGCAAUAUUUCAAACCUUUUGGAAAUCGUUGUUGCCACUGUUGCUCAAUGGAAAGGCGAAGAAAAGUGAAAAAGAACUAUUUUACAACGAUUAUCGAAAUUUCUAGGUAUCCAAGGUGCAAAUUCUCCUCGCCACAUGCUGGAUGGCAAAAUUCCAAAACUCUAGCCAAGGAGGUAAGCUUAUAUUUUUAAAAAAAUUUGAAAAAAAUGGAAAAAAAUUUCAGAGCAAAGUAAUGAGUUUCUCUGAAAUUCUCCCACUGGCAAAAAAAUUCCAUGUGAUGAAACGAGAAGAGGAUUGGGAAGAUGUGAAUCUGGGCGGUGAUAUCGAAAACGUGGGUUUCCUACUCUGGUUUUCCAAUCAUUGUAAAAAUAAAUUUAAAAAAAUCAAAGAGAAAAGUUGAAAAUGGUAUUAAAAAAAGAAAAUAUUAAUCGCGUUAACGACGCUCCACUUGACGUUUCACUAGCGCGCACUUGGACGAUAGGAUGUACGAUAUUUUUCUAAUUUCCGUUAAAAUAUGUUUUAUUUAUUUUUUCUUUCAAAAGCUUUUAUUGUAUGUACUCGAGUUUGCAGGCUACUUGCUCCACCUGCUCCGAAAAGGAUAUAUUUGAACUGAUUGAUUUGCAAUCUUCAAUAACUUGUCGCAGAUGCCUGGAAAAACGAGUAAGACAACAUUUGAGAUCUGGAUUUGACGAAACGGAUUUGGAGGUUUUUCAAACUAUCUGAGGCUUUGAUUAGCAAAAGAAAAUUUUCAGAUCAAGUCUGAACAAGUUUUCGAUCUUUUGCCAGUAAUACUGCCUCUUCCAGUUUACAAUUUCUACGUGAAGGUGAUUUCUUUGAUUUCUUCAGAAAUUUUCGAGCGAAAAAUCUAAUUUUCAUCAACGAUUAACCGAUUUCAACCGUUUUCAGCAAAUCGUCGCAAAAAACCUAGGCUACGAUUUUUACGAAUGCCCCCAGUGUUGCUCAAUUUUGCACAGUGAGGAAGAAAAUGGUUUGUUUUAUUCGAUUUUUAAGAUUUUGUCAAUGAGAGUUUAAAUUUCAGAUUUCCACACCACUUAUUGUUCUACCUGCGGCUUUUCUUGGUGUUUGAUUUGUGGCCGAGAGCCCCAUUGGCCAAUGAAAUGCGAGGAUUUCAAGCUGUGGAAGUCGGCCUGGGAAAUCCAAUGUAAAGAUUUAACGGACUUGUCGGAAAUAUUCAAAAUUUCAAAUUUAGUCGCGAUUGAGUCCGGAGAAACUGUCGAGGUGAUGAAAAUCACUUGCGAAUGCCACAGGAAGAAGUCAAGAAAAGUCAGCAUUUUCGAGGUGAGUUUCAUGAAAAUUGAGCGAAAUCACAACUUUGAAAAAUGAGCAUUCGAUCGACACUUUCAAAAUUAAUUAAGAAGGCAGAAAAAAAACGAGAAACAUUUUCAGGAUGCUUUUAAAUUUUAUAGAAUUUCCUGCUUUUUCUAAAGUACUAUAAGGAUUAAAAUGAGAUUUCAAAAAAAUGUAUAAAAUACAUUGAAAACUGUUGAAAUCGUGUAUUUUUCGUACCCAACAGAUAAUAAUAGUGAAAACUCAGGAAAUUUUUGCCGAUUUUUUCCCAAUAGUUGAAAAUUAAAAUUAAUUAAAAAAUAACUCACAAACCUCGCUUCAAAAUGGUCCCUCAAGUGCUCACUUUAUACUUCCCAUUCUCAAAAAUGCUGUAAAAAAAUAUGUUUACCUUUUUCAACUUCAUUUUUAAGAAAAUAACUUUUUUUGCUCUUUCAUAACACAUUUGAAAAAAAAAGAAUCACUUAUGAUUUUUAUGAGUUUUCAAAGCGUUCCGAUUCUCAGAUCUAUUCCAAAACUCCCUAUGCUGAAUGCCCAAAUUGUGGCCUCGGAUUCGACCCCCAGAAAAUGCGCACAACACAGCUUGUUCCCGAAAAUCCAAGCGUUUUGGAGAGAUUCCUCGGUCCCAAGAAGAUGGUCCCAAUUGGAGUUCGUUUUCAUUUUUUCAAAACUCUAAAUUAUUUCAAUUUUUAUAGAGAAACUACCACCCAAAACAGUGCUACACGGCCCCCGUCGACAAACCCCGAAUUCGCCGUUUCAUCUCUCAGGUAAAACUGGAAAUAAUAGGCUAAAAUAAUCUUCGCUGUUUCAUUUCGGUUCAUAUCUUUUCAUAGCGACUUCCCUCCUUUAAUUCCUUGAAAAUGCCACCAAGCGCAAGUAGUUUUUGAUCCGAAGCAAUCAAAAAACGUUUUCGAAAAAAUUCGCGAUGAUUCAAAGUCGGAAAAAACAAGGUCAAGAAUUUAUAAUUUUUAGAACUGCGCCGAAGCCAGAAGACGUCGACUCAACAGCAAUUCUGAAGCGUCUCUGCGCACGACUUGCAAUAGAAACUGGAAAAAGUCCAACAAUGAGAACUUCAAGAGGGUUCCAGAGUUCUGCAGAACGGUAAUCCUUAGAAAUUCUCAAAAUGUAGUCAAAAAAGGAAAUUUUUGAUGAAUCGUGAUUGAGUUUGUACUUGAUGUAUGAAAACAACUGGGACUUUCAAAAUUUUAAAAAUCCAGCCAUUUAGUGAUCACUCAAGUGUUUUUAGCCCAAAAGUUCUUACUAAAAAAGGCGAAAAUGACUCGGAUCGGGUAUAUUUCAAGUGCCCACUUUAGUAUUCUAGUCUCCGAACUCUUAAGCGAUCCCUAGGAUUGCUCAGAAAAAAAAACUGUGAUCGAGAUCCCUUUUUGAUAACGUACCCAGAUUCUCUAUGGAGCGCACAUUCAUCGGCUCUUUUUUCGCUUUUUUCAGUUAUUUCUUUUUUGAAUUGCAACACAAAAUUUAUCUCCAGGUCCAACAACUCGUGGAGAACACCCUCGGCUGGAUUUACAUGGAGAAGAUCCAAGCGGAAGGCGUCGAGAGAGAACUCGGAAAACUUCUCAUCGAACAGAAAUUUCUCGCCGAGUCCGCCUUGGCCAACAGGUAAGAGUUCAAACUGCGCUACUGCAUUACUAAAGGCAUGCUGGAAAGUGCGCGCUGUGCGCACUCUUUUCUCGUGCGCACGUAAGGAAAAUGCGCACUCUUUUUUCAAAUUUUGUACAGGAAAUUGCGCUCUCUUUCUAACAACAGGAAAAUGCGCACGGUUAUCAAAUCUUGUCCUUUCGGAUUAUUUGAAGUUUAUAUAACUGAUUUUUCAGCAUUCAUCUUUUUCAAUAUUAAUACCAGGCGGUCACUAGACUGGUCAGACUGAUUUACCUUUCACGCGAUAAUGUGUUUUUUUAAAUUUUGUAAUGUUAUUUUCCGAAGAAAGCCACAGUCGGCGUUUAUAGUUUGUUCAGAAUUUGAAUAUCAAGUCAUCGGUCGAACUCCGCCUCUUAUGUGUAGAUCAAACCAAUCAGAGAACGAGCCACUCACAGGCUUUGUUUGGGGCAGAGAUUGCUGCUUGAAACUCAAAAAUAUGGACAAACUAUAUUAUAAAAGGGAAAUAUGUGAAAUACAAAUCGAAAAGGACCUUACGAGGCUCAAAAAUAUUUCUGAAGAAAAAUUUACAGGGUGAUGAAUUAUUACUGCGACAAAAUGAAGGAGCUGUCAAUAUGUCAAUUGUCAAUAGUCAAUAAAGACCGGGAACUCACAAUUAUUUUUUUAUAAAGUUUUACAGGGAUUUAAUCAAAAAAAUUAACAUGAACUGCCGCUCGAAAAUGUAGUGGCACCCAAUUGACUGCGGUACGCAGAUGGUCGAAAAUCAGUUUUUUUGUUUUUUUGAGCAGAACGGCCAAAAAGUCAGUAGGCAAACUGGUGUGUACUGUUACAAGAGGCACAUUGAAGUUUCUCAGAAAUUUUGGAGUCAAUGGGAUAACAGAAAAAGAACAAGACUCCAUUCUUCUAACCGGAUAAGACCUUACGAUAAGGACUCGAAAAUUGGCUUUGAGCUGACUAGGGAACUACGCGAACUCGCAUUCAAGGAUCGAGUUAAAACUUUGGUGGCUUAUAGACCCGGGUAAAAGUACUUGGGAACAAGAGUGUUUAUAUGCUAAACCCUAUAGGCUUCUGAGAAAAAGCUUUUUGAAAAUGAACAGUUUAGGCUUGAAAAACUAUCAAAUUUUUUUGCUUUCAUCCUUCUUUUUGGCUGGAAAAAAAGUUUUUUUAGUGUUUAUCAUAGCCGGAUCAUUCAAGGCGAUUUUUAUUAAAAUAUUAAAUAAGGUAAAAAGCAGUAUUCUGAAAAAUUUUUCAGGUUUAAUUUUUCACAUUUUUCUACUAACUUUUUUUCUCAGUUCUCUAUUGGGUUUAGCAGAUAUUCUCACUUGUUUUCAAGUGUUCCCACCUAGGUCUAUAAACCACUAAAGUUUGAACUCGAUCCGCGUACCCGAGUCCGAGUAGUUCCCUAGUAAGUAAGGGUACUUAAAAACAGGCAAUACUAUCUGCUAAACCCCAUAAGGUACUGAGAAAAAAGGUACACACCUUUCAAAUUAUUUUGUUUACUGCUCUCUGAGUUGACCUCAUCUCUUACAGAGACUCGAAAAAGCUGAUUUUUGCCGUUUUACGAAGUUUCAAGCAAAAUAGCGUAUUUCGGAUGAAAGAAUAGUAAAAUAGCCCAAUCAUUAAUAUUAGCAACAGUGAGUGUUGCUGCAAAUACUCUGGGGUUAUGACCGUUCUUGAGAGCUUCGAUGAUGUACUUUUUUUUGUCUGUACAAACACAGACGAAUCAGAAGGGCACCUUGAUUUUUCCACAAAAAUUCCUCUCAAAAUGGAUCGUGAAGGCCCCAUAAUGUGUCCAUCGUGAGACCUCCAGCAUACCUUUUAGCUAAAUCUGAGCUAUCUCGGAGGUACUUUAGAGUCUCCCUCAAGUCUAUCUCAUUUUGCUCAAAGUCCUCAGAGGUAUACUCGGGUUACCAUCGAUAGGCUUCAGACCCUGCGAUAUGCCUCAGAGGGUCUCGCGAUAACCUUUCUCGAUUCGCCUAUGAAGAGCAUCCAAACAGCGUGCCAUAGGGACCGCAAAGCCACGCCCCUUUUCGCGAUAGAAAAAGUGGCUUUUUUUUGGUUUUCAACUUUCAUUUUGUUGUAGUUGUAAAAUAUGUGGAACUGGCGAAUAAAAUUUGACACACAUGUACAGAAAAGCUUCCUCUUUCGUUUAAAAAAUAUUUCACGCUUUUUUGAUGCGUUCUCGCGGAAUGUCGUACAAAAACGUGAAUGGAACUAAAAAAUUUUGUCAUUUUUUGCUUUUUCAUGUGUUUUUCAGGUCGAACGCACUCUUUCUUUUUUUAUAUAAUGAUUUUUGAUUCAAGUAACGGUAAUUUUUAAAACAAUAAAAUAAAAAAAUUCGUCUUUGCCAAAAAAAUUUUUAGGGAGUGCCGAAAGUCAUAAUUCAAAAUAUCGUUAAUAAGCGAAUAUAAUCGAGUUUUUUUGUUUUUUUCAAAAAGUUAGACCAUAGGCUUACUUAAAUUUUUUUCUCCACAGCAUAUGUGCUGGAAAAAAAGUUGUUUAAUACGCAAAAAAAUGCACUUGAAAAUAGAGAAUAAAAUUAGCGGCGUUUAUCACACAGAAAGCGGUCGAACGCAGGUUUUUUUCAAACGAUUAUAUACAUUUAUUAGUAAAAAAAUCUUUCAAUUAAAAAGAAUAAAAUAAAAAAAUUCGUCUUUGCCAAAAAUUUACGGGGCCGUUUUAAUGCAGUGAUCGUUAAACGAGGCAAAAAAAGCACUGAAAAAAACUGUUUUUUUCGAAGUGAAUUUCCACGGAAAAAUUUGAGUAAAGAUUUGCGAACAUAUUCUGAUAAAAAAAUAGCUGAAUUACUUCAAAUUUUUUUAUUUUUUUGAAAUAGGCAAUCUGUGCUAUUCAAACGGCUCAAGGCUAUGGCGGAUGGAAGUUCCCCUCGCCAGACCUAACAACUUGGCGCAGCGCGUGCGCUGCGAUUUUUUUCAUUUUGAGGUCGCGAGUUCGAUACCCGCAAGCGUCAGUUUUUUUGUUUUUCUGGAAAAUACCGACUUUUUUUCGGCAAACUAGCUAAUUUUUCAUCAUUAUAGAGCUCUAUUAUGAUUUCUUACAUCAUAAUAGACCAGUAUCAAAACUUGUUCUAAAAGAAAAAUCGAGAAAAAUGUCUAAAAUGGAUAACACCAAAAUUUCAGUACUAAAAAAAUGGUGCGCGGCGCGCCACAUUUUUCGUCAUAACUUUUUUCAUCCUCAUUCUUUUCCGAAAAACUAAACGGUUCUGAGUUUCGAAUCGAAACAGCUAUCAAACCAUGCAAAGCUCAAUGCUGAAAAAAAAUUUUCGAAAAUUGGUCUGCGGUCCCUAGCGUGCCAAGUAGAGACACAUGUCUAUUUUUCGGAAAAAAUUCCUUCAAUUUUUUUUUCGAUUUCUGUCAAUUGACAGGCUUACAUAGACGUGAAUCGUUAUCAAUUUCGAGAAUCGAAACCUUAAAAAUACGUUCAAACUGAGCUUCAGGGCGACCUUAUCGAAUAAUCAAAUUUUCUUCAUUUCGAAAUUUUAGCUGUUUUAACGAGAAAAGCGGGGUUUUUGCUUAUUUUUCUUCAUUGAGUUAUUAAAAAAUGUGAUUAAACAUGUAAAAAUAAUUUUUCGGUGAAAAUGUUUUUAAUGAAAUAAAAAAGUUUCUUGAAUCUCUGGCCCGAGCCCGCGCUUUUUUUUCGAAAUUAAAAAAAAUCAAGGGCUAGGGGGCUUUAGGCCUUCAUAGCCAAGCCUGCCUGCUUUGCCAUAAACGCCCAAAAGGCAGAAACGACUUUUCCGAAAGUCAGCGUGGCACGGCGGUCAUCAUAUUAUAGAAGAAGGCUUGAUGAAGGUAGGAAUAAUGACUGGAACAAAAAUGAGCUCGGGUCGGCGAGAGCAAAUGCUUAAAAACUUUUGUCGCAGUAAUUAUUCCUCCACCCUGUAUUGUUUAAUGUUAUCAGAUGGAAAAGAUCUGUAUAUUUUGAGAGCAUCUCACUUUUUAGCAGAUUUUCGCGGCAGCUUUUGAGACCAAGCUUGGAAUCAGCUUGGUCUCAAAAAGAGCAUCUCACUUUUUGCAAAAAAAUACACCUGGUCUCAUUCCGAAAUGACCGCAGACCAUUUCCUGAUAAGAAAUAUUCUCCAUAAAUUAUCAAAUAAUCAAAAGAUGUUCAAUUCAUCUUUAGCUGAAAGAUUUCUUCAUGACAAAGAGAAAAAGUGAGAUGGUUUAUGUGGACUUCAAUCUUGAAAAAGAGCGGAAUUUGAUAACCGUGCGCAUUUUUCCUGAUGUUAGAAAGAGCGCGCAAUUUCCUGUACAAAAUUUGAAAAAAAGAGUGCGCAUUUUUCCUUACGUGCGCACGAGAAAAGAGUGCGCACAGCGCGCACUUUCCAGCAUGCCUUACUAAAUCAGAUGAAUGAAAUGUUUUUGGAAUCUUCUGAAACUGGGAUGAAAUUUAUUUUAGAUUUUAUUUUAGAAUUCAAAGUUUUUAAAAUCCAGUCACUCAUUUUUUUAUUUCAAAAAAAGUAGAAAGAAAAAAAUCCAAUAUUUUAACUUUAUUUUUUUCAUUGAACUAACUGAUCGAAAAAUAUUCAUUUCAAUCCAUUUUUUUCCAGAAUCAACUCGAAGGAGCUGAAAGAGCUCGAAAAUCGGCUCGAAACUGUCAUCGGCAUCAUCAAAAAGAAACCAAAGAGACUAUUGAAAUUUCGAUUUGUAUAUUUUUUUCAACUAAUUGAUUGACGGGAUAAAUUUUUUUAUACGGGUAGUGAUUCUUUCAUUAUGCUCAGAAAAAAAGGGAUAAUGUGUAGUAUUAGAUUUAUUAAAAAAAUCUUUAUCAAUUGACUGCAAGAUUUUGAAAAAAACCACAAAAAGGUCCAAAAAGGAAAAAAAAAAGUAAUAUUCCGAAAAUGAGCUCAAAAACGAAUUUAUCCUCGCGUUUCUCCGGAGCGUUAGAGUGAUCCCUAUAGGGGAAAAACAGCUUUUGUAUAGGCAAAAGUGUACCCUUUAGGGGUUUAGGGUCUGGCGUCUAAGUUCCUGAAGCUUAAUUGGCCCCUAUAGGGUCUUUUAAUUUUCUAUCUUGAUAUGUUUCCUUUAAAAACGACAAAAUAUUGUGUUUUUCGCAUGUAAAUGCUUCUUCUUCAUAACAUAAAUCGAAAAGAAUGUUCCCUUUAGGGGCCACUAACUAAAACCCCUUAAGAGCCCACUUUGGCUAUCUCCAAGGGUCCCUCAGGUCGCCCCUAUAGGCACCACUCUGACGUCAUAUAGAGGCCACUUUGGCUACCUUCAAGGGCCCCCUCAGUUCGCCCCUACAGGGACCACUUUGUCUAUCUUCAAGGGCCCCUCAGGUCGCCCCUAGAGGGACCACUCUGACGUCAUAUAGAGACCACUCUGUCCAUCUUCAAGGGCCCCUCAGGUCGCCCCUAGAGGGACCACUCUGACGUCAUAUAGAGACCACUCUGUCCAUCUUCAAGGGCCCCUCAGGUCGCCCCUAUAAGGACCACUCUAACGUCCUUGAGUUUAUGCAACUUUUUUCCAAGGAUCAGAUCUUCAGACCGUGCCAAUAGACCGAGAAGUCGUUUCCAGGAUUCAUAAUCUCUUUUUUUCCGCCCGUUUGGCGUGUUUUGAAAGACUGAGAUAACUGUCUGGCUUCAAUGGGACAGGCGCGUUAAAAGAAGCUUCCGAAGGACAUUCUCUUGGAUUCCUUGGCAUGAUUCCACACUUCAGCUCUAGACCUAAGCUAAGGAGGAUCCCUAGAUUUUAUGUCGCUUUGUUAUUUAUUAUUAUGAUAAUCAUUUCGUUGAAUAUUUCCUCGGAAGAUUAUUCAAUAACGAGGAAGGUUCUCGAAUCUCUUGGACUGGUCGCUCCGAUAAGCCCCGUUUUCAGUCAAGGUUUAACUUUUUUUUUUUUAAUUUUUCGAUGAAAACGUGAACUAAAUUAUGGUUUUUUUUUUCCAAGACUUCGCCGGUCAGAGAAAAGAGAGCGCAGACAGGUCAGACUGUCUUAAGUUGUGUCAAAAUUUGUUGCAUUUUUUUUUUUUUCAAGAAAAUCGAUUUCGCGGAAUUUUUUUCGCAAAGUCUGACCCCUUAUAAAAAUCAUAAAUCAUAUAAAAUUAUAGAAAAUUUGAAUUUUCUGUUGAAGGAGUUUAGACGAACUUUUCAAAAGGUCUCAAGCCGAAAAUCACUUUCUAGGAAUCCUCCAAGAUUUUUCGAAAAGACUAAAUUUCCUUGACUCUUUCAGAAAAUGACAAAAAGGAGACCUAUUCAUCGUACUUGAACAUCUUGAUGGAACCCAACAAGCGCAAGAACGUGAAUUUGCUCGUUUUGGUCAACACACUUCCAUUGGAAACCAAUCUUCGGCAACAAAUCCGGAAUUCCUGGGCCCAACAAACCGAAUUCGAUUCAGAAACCCGAGUCGAGUUCUUCAUGGGAAAAUCGGUGAGUUAUUAGAAAUAUGAAAAACCUCACUAAAACACAUUUUCUCAGAGCUCGGCCAACUUCUCGGCACUCGAGGCCGAGCAAGACUUACACGACGACCUGGCCAUCAUGGACUUUGAGGACGACUACAAGACCUUGGCUGUGAAGACGUUCGCCAUGAUGGACUACAAAACGAGGAAAUACCCGGGGGCGAAGUGUUUUAUGAAGACGGACAGUGACAACGUCCUCAUGUUGAGGAACUUUCAGCAGAUUUGCGAGGAAAGCGGUGGGUUUUUCGGGAAAGUUCCAGGGCCGAGUUUUUGUACUCGGAACCAUAGGCGAAUCGAGAAAGGGUAUCGCGAGACCAAGUGCCUUCGAGAUGGCUCAGAUAUACCUAGCUAAAAGGUAUGCCAGAGGUCUCACGAUGGACACAUUAUGGGGUCUUCACGAUCCAUUUUGAGAGGUAUCUUUGUGGACACAUUCUGGUACCCUCUCGAUAACUUGAAAAAAAUUGGAGCCCGUUCGAAAAUCGAAAAAAUAAUUUCUUCAGCUUUUGAUUUUCUUUUUACCUUACGGAUCAGUUUCAGAAGCGCCUGUGAUUAUGGGCAAUUGUCACGUCCCACGGACCGUCUUCAGAUGGGGAUCCAAAUGGGCGGUCCCUACUUUUGUCUACGAUCGACCCUUCUAUCCAUACUACUGCUCAUCUGGCGUCUAUAUACUUGUUGGUAGGUCUAUUCUGAAAUUUUUGAUUUUUUUAGAGAAAAACACAAAAAAAAUUUUUCAUCAUGGAAAAUGUCUUAAAAAGGAUGUUACUAAACUCAAAGCUUCUGAAAAUAAUUUAUCUUGGCCCAAACGUUUCUGAGACACGGCUAGAAGAAGGAGAGUGCAUAAAUCUUCUAUUUUCAGAAAAUCUCAACCUUAAAAUAUACUUUUUUCACAAAAUUAACCCCCCGUUUUUUUAACGAAAUAUCACAGUUACCUUUCAGGAAAAGACGUUCCAAAACAAUUACUGAAUGCAGCUAUGAAAUCGGAAUUUCCGACUUCCAGCAAUUUCAGGUGAAAAAAUCACUUUGGAAAAAAUCCAAACAUUUUCCAGAAAACUACCAGAAGACGUCAUUUUCACGGGGAUUCUCCCGGAAAAGAUCGGCCUCAAAAGACGUCACAUUGGCGGAAUGUCGUUCGUCAAGAAAAUCAGUGUUUUGUGCAGGAAUCAAGUACAGUACACCUACAGUAUCCACAUGUUGAGGGAAAAAGAUCCGGUCAAGAAUUAUGCACAGAUGUUGGAGCUUGAAGGAAUGCCUUGUUAA